AUGUCGACCCAGCCUCUUCUGCAGCGCUCCGCCGGCAAGCGUAUUGCUCUUCCCGUGCGUGUUGAGCCCAAGGUCUUCUUCGCCAAUGAGCGUACAUUCCUCUCUUGGCUCAGCUUCACAGUGACGCUGUCAGCCCUUGCCGCUGGUCUGCUCAACUUCGGUGACCGCGUUGGCCGAUUGAGUGCGGCGCUGUUCAGCCUUGUGGCCGUAGCUAUUAUGCUGUAUGCUCUUGUCACAUACCACUGGCGCGCGCAGGCAAUCCGGAACCGUGGAAGUGGCCCAUAUGAUGACCGCCUUGGUCCGACGAUUCUGUCCGUGCUUCUUCUUACCGCGAUUAUUGUCAAUUUUGUGCUCCGCUUCAACGAGUAA